CCGGGUCGGUCCUCGUUCCGGGCACAUAUCAUCGUAUGAUAUAGAAGGGUCGUUAGAUCCAGGGAAGCAAUAACGAGCCAAGAUCCCAAAGCAUCGUCAAUCUAGAAGCAGUACCGAAGGAGAAGAAAAAGGGCCCGGAAGGCGAAAAGAGAGCAAAAAGCAGGGCAGCCUCGUGUCGGAUGAAUGCUUCGAAAUAGCACCCGUUUCUUCGUCACCACCACCUCCGGCGCCACAAUCGCAUUCAUAUCGAUCCUGGUCCUCCUCGUGGCAGCAGCAGCAGUUGCGCCCUUCAACUUCUCCGAGUAUUCGCGCAUCUUUGAGGCCGACGAGGUGGCUGCCGCGCGCAUUUGGAGCCCUCUCAAAUCGCUCUCCAGGUUGACCAGGCUCUUCUCGACAGCCGGCACAGGAGCAAUGGCCAAACGAACGCCCGUAUACUUUGUCUCCCAUGGCGGGCCGGACACAAUGUACGACACGAAACACCCGGUCUAUGCACAGCUUCAGAGUCUCGGGCGUGAGAUCACGCAGCAGGUAAAGCCCUCGGCGAUCGUGGUCUUCUCGGCGCACUGGCAGGCCGAAAGACCCAACAUGAUUGAAGUCAACGUCGCGGAAGAGGAGCCGUUGCUCUACGACUUCUACGGGUUCCCCCGCAAGUAUUACAUGGAGAAGUUCCCGAACAAGGGCUCGGCGAAGCUGGCCCAACAAGUCAUCGACGCCCUCGGGGAGCAUGGGAUCAAGACGCAGGAGGCGGAGAGGGGGCUGGACCAUGGCGUCUUCGUCCCUUUCAAGGUCAUGUUCAAUCCCGAAACAAACCCCGUGACCGUGCCCAUCGUGCAGGUCAGUCUCUUCGACGACCACACCGACGCGGCGGCGCACAUCAAACUGGGUCGCGCCGUCCAGAAACUGCGGGAGGAGAACAUCCUCAUCGUAUGCUCCGGCAUGAGCGUGCAUAACCUGCGACAUUUCAUGAUGUUGGGCAGGAGUUCGAAUAGGACAAUGCCCUACGCCGCGACGUUUGACGAAGCUCUAAAGGUCGCGGCGGAAACGAAACCGGGCGAGCAGAGGGAUGAGACGAUGAUUGAGUUGUUAGAGAGGGACGAUGCGAGACAGGCCCAUCCGACCUUUGAGCAUCUCCUGCCGAUUCAUAUCGCCGUGGGCGCCGCGGACACGGAUCAGGGCAAGCAACUGUGGACAAUGCAAGAAUCGAGCAUGGCUUGGGCGCAAUACAGAUUUGGAGAGGUGCAAGCUUGAACUGUGGGACAAGUCAAAAGAAAAUUGAAUCAUCUGUUUUGGGCUGUUGGCAUGCAGUCGUAUGUACAAUCGAGUAUUCUUUUGCCAGCCUGUUCUUCUGUCUCGCGUAGUCGAGCCAUGUCGGUAGCUUCCCUCCAUGUCCAAG